AGGAUUCAAAACAGUGGCGAGUUGCGUGGUUUUGCUGGUGUGGGCAUGUUGAAUGAAUGAUGCGGUUCAGCGUGGAUCUUGUCAUAGUUCUAGACUGUCCCAAAUCAUCUCACUGUUUCCGGCAGCUUAGCCCUAAGAUUUACACUGGGAUCAAUACUGAAAAUGGGGGACACGGAGGAGCUGGCGACGGAAUACACCCGGGUUAACAACACCCAGUACGGCGCCGGGUUGUUUCUCCUCGAUAGACUCAAUAUUGUCCCGGGCAUGAAAGUUCUCGACGUCGGGUGCGGACCUGGAAAUCUCACAGCUCACAUAGCGCAGAUUGUCGGGGAGAACGGUAGCGUUGUGGGCAUUGAUCCCAGCACGGAACGCAUUUUGCUCGCACAGAAGAUUCAGAAGCCAAACCUGUCAUUCUAUGUAGGCCAUGCCGAAGACCUAUCGCAGUUUCCUACAGAGAGCUUUGAUGCGGUUUACGUGAACUCUACUCUGCAUUGGGUGCAGGAUCAACCUGCAGCAGUGAAGGAGUUUGGUCGCCUGCUCAAACCAGGAGGGCUACUUGGCAUUUCAGGCGGAUCAGGCGAUACGCUCAGCGCACAGGAGAGGAUCAAAGCCGAUGUGCUAUCUAGGGAGCCAUAUCGAAAAUAUCCGGAAGAGAGCCCACCCAAGUUUCUCAAGCGGCGAGAGCUCGAAUCUCUUUUGGACGAUGCUGGGUUCCCAGAGAGAAGCAUCGUCGUCAACAAGAUCACAAAGUCGACCAAGGAUGCCGAUGAAAUGAUUGACUGGUUGGAUGCAAGCUCAACUGGAAAGACAUAUGGCAGCAUUCCUCUGGAUCUACGGCCAAGUGCAAGGGAGGAAAUGAAGACGGAAUGGAACAAGCUUCUUGUGGAAGAUGGAAUUCACAUGGAUAUCGAUCUCUUGGUGACUGUGGCGGUUAAAACCUAAGCUUUAUGGUAAUGCUACACUGGACACUACUGCCCUAGAUUUUGGCGAAUAGAAUUGAGCUCUUUUCGUCUGUACAAUAUUCUGGCACUGCUUGUCACGUCUCUUAAUUUAUGUCGGGCCAUGUAGGUGUUAGCCAUGCUGGGCUGCCUUGUGCUGCGAACGAAUAAGCGAUGCCACUGCGGCCGUGGCUGGGGGUGGGCAUCCAGUACACGUACACUAUUCGUG